AUGGAUUUGGCUCCAUUGUUCCUCGAUAAUUGCUCUUACCCCCAUUUCUGGUCUCGGCAAUCAUACAUUCUUGUGUAUGUCAUGGACAUUUACCGUUCACAGAAGCAGAUAGAAAUGCUAGAAUCGAUGAAGAAGAGUGGAGGGAAUAAGUUGCAGAAAAUCCUUCGUUACUCCAAGUGCUCCGAUGGAAUUUGUAAGGCAACUCAUUAG